UCGCAACAUGUCGAUCUGGCCGGGGGACGCUGCCGAGCGCACUCGUCAUCCAACUCAACACACUCUCACGUCAGACACAACCAGCCACCCACACCAGCCACGAUGGACACGUUGACGAAGCAGCAUCUGGACUUGCUCCAUGCCAUGGAUGGCUUCAACGAAGCUGCCCUUGGCUCCUACUUUGAGAUUCACCCAGAUGGCCAGUACACCGCUGACCAGUACAUGGACGUCGAAGUGCCGGGACAGGACCAAUACAUGGCCGUGUCGCCGUCUUGGCUGAAUAACCAACAGAGCUUGCUGAAGAAGCAGCCGUGGUUCCGUGCAGCCCCGUACGGCAGACGAGAGGCGGUUGACGAGCUGCAAGCGGCGCCAGUGGGCACGUUCGUCGUGCGCCCGUCCUCCGACACCGGCAAGUACGCCAUCUCCGUCAAGCGCAAGAACGGGAACGUCGACCACAUGCUCAUCCUCCCAUCUUGGGGUGGCCCGGACAGCACGGCUCCUGGCCAGACGCAGUAUCGAAUCGGCACUUAUUCCUCGGCCCUCUUCAACACUGUUCCCAAGCUCAUCGCGUAUUACGUUGUGCACCCAUAUUUCGACGAUGAGAUGCUGGCUGGCAUUGUGCUGCCGGAAGAGCAGGAAGGCGGUUACAACUACAUGGAUGUGUGUCCCGUGCGGAAAUGAGGAUGGCCUGGUGUUAUCGUUUCAUUGUGUCACCGUGCAAUGGUGCCAUGCACCCUUCCUCCUUCCCCCUCCUCAACUCUGGUUGCGUCUCGGCUAUCAUUGUGCUUCCGCUCGCUUCUCAGCUUGCUUUUUCACCUCACCACCACCACCUUUCAUGCUUUCUGAUUGAUGAUUGUUGCAUUUUGACGGGUUACACAUUGCCUUGGACUCAUCCCCCUCCUCCUCAUCAUCAUCUUCUUCAUGCAUCAUCAGCACGUGCGUUAAACGGCUUUUCUUCCGUCUUGUUAAAGCCCAUCCACCAUAGACAACCCAAAUGGGACUGACAAAACAAAAAUGAAUUACCAUCUGUUCACGCA